AUGGGGAGUACAGAGGUGGUAAUCAAGACUACGGAGUGGAUUCAGCAAGUCCGGAGCAGGCUCCAAACUGCUCAAAGUCGGCAGAAGAGUUACGCCGACAAGCGGCGAUCGGACUUGGAAUUUCAGGUGGGCGAUAUGGUCCUCCUGAAAGUGUCACCCUGGAAGGGUGUUAUCAGGUUUCGGACGCGGGGCAAGCUGGGACCCAGGUUCAUUGGUCCGUUCAGGGUUAUGGCCCGGGUAGGUCAGGUUGCCUAUCGGUUAGAUCUUCCAGCAGAGCUCAGCCAGAUCCACAGCACGUUCCACUUUUCUCAGUUGUGGAAGUGCUUAGUUGAUGAUUCAGCAGUGGUACCCCUUGAGGACAUUCAGAUUGACGACGACCUAAACUGCAUCGAGAGACCCGUGGUGAUUUUAGAUCGCAAGACGAAAGAGCUGAGAAACAAGAGAGUAGGGUUAGUGAAAGUGCAGUGGCAGCCCCGCAAAUGCUCGGAGUGGACGUGGGAGCCCGAGGAGGAAAUGAGACAGCACUACCCAGAGUUCCUUUUCAGAGACAGCAGACUUUGA